AUGGCGGAUGUUCAGGAGGCAGGCUUUGCGGUUCAACUGGUUGAAGGCGUUGGAGGCGUCCGCAAGGAGCACUCCAUCCACGUCCGGAUGUUACGUGAACAACAACAACAACAACAACAACAACAACAACAACAACAACAACAACAACAACAACAACAACAACAACAACAACAACAACAACAACAACAACAACAACAACAACAACAACAACAACAACAACAACAACAACAACAAUCCCCCAUCCAAUUCUUCCUCACUCUUUCUCCUUUCUUACACUAUUAUCUCUUAUUGGCCACUGGCUAUCGUGAGAAUAAAGAUUUGAAACAACAACAACAACAACAACAACAGCAGCAGCAACAACAACAACAACAACAACAACAACAACAACAACAACAACAACAACAACAACAACAACAACAACAACAACAACAACAACAACAACAACAA